AGGUUAAAAGAUAAUCAUGAGGAACUUUUCAACGGACGAAUUGAAGCACCAAACAAAACAUAUAUACUUGAAAACUUAUUUAAAGGGUACGACAAGCGAGUCAGACCUUACUACAGAGGUAAAAAUGAUAUUUUAUCUAAAUGAUAGAAUAAUAAGUAGUGGAAAGAAAAGAGCGGAAGGGUGGAUAAUUUACCUAAUAUCACGUACAACGGAGCUCCGCUUGAGUUUUUAUCUGUUGCAAUACCUUAAAUAAUGAAAUGUUUUUACGUUGUAGGCGCUUUAAAUAAUCCCGACGAGAACUUCCCUUAUAACCAUCCCUUACGAUAAUAAAUGUUAAAAGCAGUGCUUUUAACUUCCCCAAGUUUUGUACUUUCUCUUUUAGAAAAACCAGUUGAUGUGACUUUGUAUGCCGUUAUCGACUCUUUUCACGACAUCAAGGAAGAACAAAUGGUAAGGAAGUUGUUUCUGCACUUGAUCACUAUAAAGACCGCGGCAGGAUAACCCGGUAAUUAAAAAUUAAGGGAAGAUAAGAUAAGAUACUUUAUUUAACGUGGAUCUUUUCCUCCAGACCGAUUUCAAGAGGAAAAAAUAAGUCUUGCAAGGAAAUACCGGGGUAAAAAUUUAUCUUGCACUGAAAAAAGUUAUCUCUCGUGGCGUAUAAUGCUGGAGAAAAGUCUUUCACCGUUAGAUGUCGGGGAAAAAACCUGUCUCCAGAGGCGGGGAAAAAACCUCUUCCCCAAACCAAAUCACCCAUACCACCAACAAUAUAAGUAAAGUUACUGACAAGGCACAUGAGAUAGGAUAACAAUCCACUGUUUCGCGUAAUGAAAUGUUAAGGCAAUCGAAAGAAAAUUUAAUAAAAGUUUGUCGUUUGUGGUUCAUGUUAAUCUUCUACGUUAACUGUCCAAAUUGUUUGUGUGGUAGAAAAGCCAAACAAACUCUUGUGUUUUCUGCAUUAUGGAACUAACAUUAAAAGAUACCCUUCAACAAUGGUGAAUUGAAUUCAGAAUACACUUUAACCUCUCGUAAGCGACCAACCAAAAUAGAAAGAUUUUAAUGCUCGCUUACGAGAAUCGACAACAGGACGUCUCUUCCGAGAAGAGGUCCGGACAUUUUAAGAUAAGAUAAACACCUUUAUUUAUUCAGAAAAAUCCCGUCAGGGUCAAGGCUAACUCUAUUGUCAAUAGGAGCCCUGAAAAAUAGAUUUAUGUAUACUACAAAAGGAGUAUCAUAACAACCUAACAUUAUUAGCAAACAAACUUGAGCGAAUUGAUAAAAAGAUCUAUAAACUCUUAGUUAAAAUUGAUAAGAAUCAAAAUAUAAGAAUAAGAAAUGAAAAUUACAUCGUCGACAUACAAAGGAUCUGCUUUAAAAUUUAUUAUGAAUUAAGGCUGUAUCUAACGUAUAGAUUAAUGAGCUGGGGUACCGCAUACCAAACUAAGUUAAAUAAAAUCAAAGUAAGUCAAAAUAACUGUAUUCGCUGCAUCUACUCUGCAAAUAAAAGAGAAAGUCCCACACCGUACUUUACACUAUUAGAAAUCUUAAAGUUAGAGAAUAUCUUUAAAUUAAAAAUUGGCGCUCUUGUGCAUAAAAUUCAAUAUCAAAAAAAGGAUACACCUCCUGCCCUCCAUGACUUAGUUCAACCGGCUUUAGCUGUCCAUAAUUAUAAUACUAGGUAUGCCACUAAUCAAAACCUGUGCAGAACGUUUUCCAGAACUAGUUAUGCCCAAGCAAGGUUUAGUGUAGUGGCAUCACAGACCUGGGAAGCAACACCUAUGAAAAUUAAGUGUCUCCCCUUGAAUAGUUUUAAAAAAGAAUAUAAACUCUUUCUACUUGACAGUCAGGCAUCUUGAACAACUCUAAUCUGUUACUUAGUUCUAUUUAUUUAAUUAUUUAAUCUAAAUAUUAUCAUUAUUAUUAUUAUUAGUAGUAGUAGUAGUAGUAGUAGUAGUAGUAGUAGUAGUAGUACUGUAUAACCUCCACCCACUUGUAACCGCUAUGUGGUAGUAGCCAACUCGAAAGCUUGGCUCCUUUGGCUGCUACACACUCUUUUCCUUUGUUGUGUUUAAUUCGAUGUAUAGUUAGGUCUGUUUUUUUUAUUUCUUCUUUUUUUUUCCUUAAGCCCAUGUCAAGUGUCACAUAAGAUCUUGCACAAAUUGACACUAGCCUUUCAGUUAUAUAAGCCAUCCGUAUGAAGAUGAACUGACUGCUGUCAAAAUGAGGUGUGCGCUGACAAAUAUCACAUGGCCAUCUCGCGGGCUAUGAUGAAAGACCAGUCGUUUUGAGGUGAAAUUUUGCAUUUUAGGCACCUCGCUCGAUUCGGCGGUGACUCCUGACUCCCUUUCCCCUGUCUGUACGGACGGAAGGUCGUACGCUGACGUCAUAACCAAAUUUUCUCGGAUGGAUAGAUUACCAAAUUUUCUUAGCUUUGGGGCUCCGCUCGCGCAAGUGGAGCUCCGCUAUAAUUAUAGACCAGGGCUUUGAGUGAGAAAAUUUAAAUGUUUGCGGAUUUCGCUUAACCCGAGAGUGGCGCAAAUGAAGGUUCGAUAGUUUUUAGACGCCACAAAAUACUUAUUGUUAAAAUCAUGUCAAAGUUCUUUUAACGACUUGUCGCACCUUUCUGUGUACUUACUUUUUCCUUUAAAGGAAUACAAGGUUGAGGUCGUGCUUAAAGAAAACUGGAAGGAUCCAAGACUUGCUUAUGGGAACGCCUCAUGGUUUGUCCGCCUAAAAGGUAACACGCUGGCCAAGGUUUGGUAUCCUGACACAAUGAUUGAAAACUCUAGAAAACAUGAAGUAGACGACAAGACAAGAACCGCUUACCUUUUCGGGGACGGUACAAUUUUCAUGUCUGAGUGGUAAGUUUGAUUGAUUGACUCGGCUAUCAAACGAGGCUGAGGAGCCUUUGAGGAGUAUGUGGUUCAGAUAAUCUGAACAUGGCGCUGCUGUUUGUUACACAACUCAAGGCCAGAUUUAGUCUCACUUUUUGCAAAACCUUCUUUUUUUUCACUUCGAUCAGCAACUCCUCGAGGGACCCAGGGUGGGGCAGUGGUGAAACCAUUCGUCUCGCACCAGUGUGGCUCGGAUUCAAAUCCCGGCGUCGACACCAUAUGUGGAUUGACUCUGCUCCGAGAGGUUUAUCUCUCCGGAUACUCAGGUUUUCCCCCUCUCCUCAAGAACCAACAUUUUCAAAUUCUAAUUCGACCAGGAACCAAAUAGAGGAAGAAUCAAUAGGUGGAUCAUGUGCUACCUGUAAAUUGUUAUUUAUUUAGCCUUGGUGUUCUUCGUGAUAGGCGAUAACAUGUUAUUAAUCAAUCAACUUACUUUGUUUUUAGGAUUAAAGGAACACUUUCAAGCCAUAUGGAGUUCCACAGCUACCCCAUGGAUGUCCAGACCUUGAGGAUCCAAUUCGCUGCUUGUGUGUUCAUCAUUGGUUUACAUAUAACUAUUAAUAUGAAUAAUAUUCAUUUUGCCUUUCUGGCAAAAAAAAAAAUAGCUAGGAGGAGGAGUAAACUUCUUUUGGAUCGUAGAACCUAUUUCUAUAUGAGGCGUUUCUUAAUGAAGUUAUUGCGAUGUUUUCCAUUUGCGUCUUUAUAUACAUGGACGCUAAGUAAUAAACGGCUGCCCUCUAUUGACAGAGUAUGCACCCGACGCUAGCAAAGCCAUAGGUUAGAGCUCUAGAUUCAACUUCCCCGACGGGGUUAACUCCCUGAUAAAGAGGGGUGGGGAGAGGGGGGGGGGGGGUGCUGGUCGGAGAAUUUCCAAAAUAUAUCUGAAAGGUAUCAGAAUUUUUCUUUGUGGACGCAGCUACCAUUCAUUUCAACACCUAAGUUUGAGAGAGGUACCACAAAUCAGUUGUGUGACAAUUAAUUUCCCAUCAUUUAUUUGUUUUGGUUUUAAGCCCUGAAAGGGUGGAAAGGUACCGCUACAACUCAAACGGAAAGUCAUUUUAGAUUUUUAUACCCCAAGCAGUAGCAGUAGAAAAUCCCCUUCCCCCAGCAGAAAGAAAAAGAUACGACGAGACGAAGAGUGAUGUAUCGGAAUGCUCUUGGCUAACGUCCUUUAAUAGACCUUAUUCAUGAUGCACGCCAUCUUUGCCAGCGCUUUAGGCUUGAAGCAAUGUUACGCAGUAUUACAGGGGGCAAACAAAAGAUAUAUUUGCCAAUACGAGUAAUCGCGGUCGAUUUGGUUUAUUCUAUCAAAACUAGAUGACGAUUUAAUAGUCACGCAAAAUGAACCGUUCAAGCUUCGAAAGAUUUACGUGACUAGUGUUUGCUGUGAGGACAUCUUCGUUCGCUACUCCGCAUCAAAAUUAGUCAAUAUGAAUAUGCUAUUAUCCGUAAAUGUGAAAAGAUCUUCGUUUUCUGUUGUCUAGAAAAAAACAAAAUCGACCGCGAUCGAAUUUUGCGCUGGCAAAAUUAUAGCUCGUUUGGCCCCCUGAGAAACCACGUGACAUUACGUUUAUCCCGUUAGACCUUUGGCGCGAGCAAAGAUGGCGGGUAUCGUGAAUGAGGUCUAUUAGGGACCUUACGAUCCCACAAUGGUAAAUGUUGAAUCAAUGCAGAAAGACUUUUCUCAAAAGAUCCCACGAAAGAUUCGCUUUUGGCCUUGGCUAAACCUAUAUAUUAUCGUAAUAAAUUGCGUCUGUCUCCUAUCCCAGACAGUUAUGAUGACAACCAGGUCAUGUAUCGAUGGUCAAAAGUCUCGUUAACAGAAAAGGAUAUGACGGAAUUCUACGUUGUGAAAGAAACUCUCAGAUUGGAGGCCACCUCUUUUAUUACAGGUACCUCAGGUACAUUUUCUUGCUUCCUUUCAGCGUGGAUUCCAAAAUCCAAGACUGUCGUGAGGCCAAAUUGAGCAUUUUCAUAAUGGUCUCCUUGCGCAUUACAAACAAAUAAUUUGUUCAGCGUUCAUUGAAUUUUACGUUAAGGCUAAAAAAUAUUCCUUCUUAAGAGAAAACAACUGUAGAACUUAAAUUAACUCCAAUUAUUUCUGUAAAUUUCUAGGAACCCACACAGCAGCUAUCGCCGAAUUUCAAAUCAGACGUCGCCUUCAGUAUUACAUCAUGGAGUUUUAUUUUCCUUGCACAGUAUGUACCAUAGCUUCUUGGAUCCAGUUUUGGAUGGAUGUAACAGCUAUCGGUGACCGAGCGGGACUGGGCAUAACAACAGUUUUAACAGAAAUAUUCCUGCUUCAGUUUAGCAGCCAAGGGAUGCCUAAGGUCAGCUACAUGAAGGCGGCUGAGCUUUAUGUCGUUGUCUCUUUCGCGUUCAUCUUCAUGGCUCUUCUAGAAUCGGCGCUGGCGUUUAAGGCAAGCUAUUGGUCUUUUAAACGGAAUGAGCAGGGCAAAGAAAGAGAGGAGAAAGGCGACAAGGUAUGAGGUUCCUGUUUAAUAUAAAGGAUAUGACUGUAAUUGCUGAGUAUAGUAUUGAUAUAGUACCUGAGAUCACGCGCUUGUAGCCUCUACUUUAUUCAAGUUAAUAGCAAAGAACACAAAAUUAAUGACGAAGGUGAAAGACCUCUCGAUCUGGUUCAGGGAAAUUGUACAUAAUCAAAAUUAAUGAAUGAUCUCAUUUUCUCUGAUUAUCGCUAGGGUUUUUCUACCUAUCUAUAGCUUAUCCGCUGUCCCUUUUGUUGUUUUUAAUUUUUUUCUAUCAAAACUGUUUUUACAGACGGGUUAGCCCUAUAAUAAAAAAAAUGUUCUCUAAUCAUUUUUGUUAAAACGCUCAUGACCACAGCCACAUCCAAAUCAAUCUUCUAACACCAGGGACGGAUAGCCUGGCAGCCGUCCAAAAUAUUGAGAACUCCUGUCGGUGAGCUGUAUUCCUGAUUCCAAGGACCAGGUCCUGGUUGUUCAAACGUUAGAUAAAGCUACCCACUGGAUAAAUCACUGUCCAGUGGAUAAGUAUUAGGGAAACCAAAUGAUCAACUAGGUUUCCGAAUUCCACAAAGGAAAAUUUUCCUGUUCCAAGAAUUUCAAUUGUCUUACAUAGGGGGAUGUUUCCUUUAUCUCAUAUUUUGGUUAUUUUCAGGGCCACUCAGAUGGAUCGAUCCUUGGUUCAAAGGAACAUUCCAACGGAACUCAGUUUCACCCCACAGUGCCAAAAUCUCCAAGGUUACAGAAUACAGAUUCUCUCAUUUGCCACCAGCGAGUUAACACGUCUUCAGAGCUAAUUCUUCAAGAACUAUCAGAAACUGAAAGCAGCCAAUCCAUGGAGGAUCGAUCAUCGAUGGCUUCCAGUGCCACGUCAAACUUGGGUCUCCAGAUAGACAUUGGGGCACGAGUGGUAUUCCCCUUAACCUACGCAGGAUUCGUCAUUGGAUACUUCUAUACCCUAAUCUAG